AGCCGUGGGACCGCCCCACUCUCCCACAGAUAUAAAUAGGAGGUGGAUUUUUUUACUCCACUCAUUUCUCCUGAAGGAUGAGAUCCCUGAAACACCUUAAACAUCACUCCAGGAACAAUGUGGAGGAGGAGACUGGCCGCUUGGUGCGGACCUACCCAAAGAUGACUGAGGGUCAAGUGGAUGUGGGCACGCAGACGGAGCCUGUGGUGGUGCUAUCUUUGGCUCAGGCUGCCGUUCUUGGCCUCAUCUCCCAGAAUGAAAUAUUCGGGGCCACCAUUGCUCCUAAUGGCUUUUACACAGGCGAGCCAAGAGAGUGUCCCCCGCCUCCACCCGAGUCAAUGGAGUAUGAGUAUGCUGAUCAGCUGAUAGGGGCCAACGGGGACUACCUGGCAGAGCCUGCUGGGGAGCCGGAGCCCCAGCCCCACUGCAGCGAGAGGAGACGGCCCGGCCCCCGUGGGAGGACCAAGAGGCCCAGGAGUGAUGGAGAAUUAGAGGGUCAUCCGCACAAACUGCCCGGCCCACAGGCCCAGAUUAAAGGUGAAAGACUUGAGUCUGAUACUCCUCCUUCGUGCAUUCACAUGAACAGCAGGCGCAGUCCUGGCAAGUCAGACGAUCCAGUCACCCACGUAGGCUCCCUGAAAGAGGAGCAGGCAUGUGGAAACUGUCCCUCAUGCGUGAGCGACACAUCCAAACCAAAAACAGAUGGACAGCCAGAACAGGAACAAGAAGAAAGCUCUGGUAGAGGCAGAGAGAGGAAGGAAGAGGAGCUGGUGGUGGAGGAAGAAGAAGAGGAAGCGCUAAACCUCAAGACCGGCGGAGAGACGGGCAGCCCCAUGGAGAACCGUUACUAUGAUUCCAACGAGGUGGCCUACGAGUCCGCUGACAUGGCGAUGCCAGGAGAGUAUGAGGAGAACGGUCAGGCCAUGCUGUGGUCGGACCCAGAGGGACUCGCCAGACGAAUGCAGAUCGACCGGCUGGACAUCAACGUCCAGAUUGACGAGUCUUACUGCGUGGAUGUGGGAGAGGGUCUGAAGCGCUGGAAGUGCCGCAUGUGCGAGAAGUCCUACACAUCCAAAUAUAACCUCGUCACUCACAUCCUGGGCCACAACGGAAUCAAGCCGCAUGAGUGUCUACACUGUGGGAAGCUGUUCAAGCAGCCGAGCCACCUCCAGACUCACCUGCUCACCCACCAGGGAACCCGGCCGCACAAGUGCACCGUCUGCGAGAAGGCCUUCACGCAGACCAGCCACCUGAAGAGGCACAUGCUGCAGCAUUCGGACGUCAAGCCCUACAGCUGCCGCUUCUGCGGCCGCGGCUUCGCCUACCCCAGCGAGCUGAGGACCCACGAGAACAAACACGAGAACGGCCAGUGCCACGUCUGCACCCAGUGCGGCCUCGAGUUUCCGACCUAUGCGCACCUGAAGCGCCACCUGACCAGCCACCAGGGACCCACCACGUACCAGUGCACGGAGUGCCACAAGUCCUUCGCCUACCGGAGCCAGCUGCAGAACCACCUGAUGAAACACCAGAACGUGCGGCCUUAUGUUUGCCCUGAGUGCGGCAUGGAGUUUGUCCAGAUCCACCACCUCCGACAACACGCUCUCACUCACAAGGUACUGGCAGCGCACGACCUCGCACUUAAGGGCAUGAAAGAAUUCAAGUGUGACGUCUGCUCCCGAGAGUUCACGCUGUCUGCCAACCUGAAGAGACACAUGUUGAUCCACGCCAGCGUGAGGCCCUUCCAAUGCCACGUCUGCUUCAAGACCUUCGUCCAGAAGCAGACCCUGAAAACCCACAUGAUUGUCCACCUGCCGGUCAAGCCUUUCAAAUGCAAGGUGUGCGGAAAGUCUUUCAACAGAAUGUACAACCUGCUCGGCCACAUGCACCUCCACGCCGGCAGCAAGCCCUUCAAGUGCCCUUACUGCACCAGCAAGUUCAACCUGAAGGGCAACCUCAGCCGACACAUGAAGGUUAAACACGGCAUCAUGGAUGCCUCAAUAGAUGGACACGAACCACCCCAAGAGGCGGAAGGCCAGGAGGACUACGAAGAGGAGAGCUUCGAGUUUAGCGAGCGAGAAAACCGCGCUAACAACAACAACACACCAGACAUUGCUAAACUAUCACAACUGGAGUAUUACAGCACCUAUGGGAAGGGCGCAGGGCGCUUCAGCACUGCAUGAAUUAUUAAAAUGACCCCAUAUUGAAUAGAAGUGUGAACUAAUGAAAACAAUUCUUUUCAUUUGUUUAUUUAGUUUUUUUUUUUUUUCCUUUUGCUGUUAAAGGCAUAGCGCUGUUGUUCCUCUUCCAAGGACACAGAGAAGCCCAGCAAACUGCACAUCAAAAUGCACUGGAACCAAUGCUAAAACCUCUAAUUUUGUCUGAGUAUUUUUCAUCUCUUUUACAUUGAAAAUUUCCGAGAUGUGUUUGAGAAAAAGGGGACAGUCUGAAAUGAGAGCAUUUAGGUUUAAAAGAACAAUAUAUAUAUAAAUAUAUUGAUAUAUGAAUAUAGAAAUAGAAAUUUGUAUAUGUUGUCAGUUGCUGAACAACAAGAACAUCAUUUGAGCCCAAUUUUAAAAGCACAUCCUUUGCCACUACGAGCAGAAACGCAGAUAUUAAAUGUUAAAGUGCACACACUCACUCAGACAAUCCCGGUCUCUCUCAGUCUGUUGGGGUAAAACCAAUGUGAAGGGUUCAAGAAGGCAACAAGUGUUACUGUUCAUUUCACUUGCCAAAGCUAAUCGAGUCGCAGAGGUUAACGAUUCAUUUUGAUAAAAUUAAUUUGAGGUCUAUGUCUUGUUGUAUAUUAUUGUACAGAAUGUAUCGGCCCUCUUGUACGCUGGCCGGUACUGUGAUCAGUGCGUUGCACUGAGGACCACUGUGUCUACUUUUUACAUUUCUGCAUUAACGAGCAUCGCCCUGUAUUGAUCUCUCGUCCAUGAAUGUAACUGUUUCUGUGGAAUGUUUUAAGACGCUAAAAGAAAACUAAAACAUACCUUUUUUGUUUUUUUAAAUGGUUGGACCCCGUUUACCAAAGAAUUGGAUCAAAUCUCGCACCUACGGGAGCCGUCAGUCUCUUUCCCUGGCUGUUGUGUCGAGCUGGGACAUUGGAUUUCUUGGGGUCCAAUCGGAGACCUCAUGAAAUUACAUUCAGGUUCCCCUCCCAACCAUCUGUAGAUCUCUUCAAAAGAUUACCACAGAGGACAGACUGUGGUGCAGCAUCUCUUUUUCAACAAACCUCACCAUUUUCCCCUCAUUCCAGCCUUCCCAUGACGGGGCUGCAGCAUUUUUGCAAAAGCAGUGUACACUCUGCAUUUGUAUUGGUGCCGUCUUUUUUUUUAUUAUUUUUUAUCUCCCGUUUAUUUUCCAUGGAUGAAUCUCAACAAGAAUUGUCCAAAAAAAAAAAAAAAAAAAAACUCGGACAGAAAUAUUAAGUGCCCCGGUGUGUCUGCAAGAGCAUGCCAUCCAUCAUGCUGUACACUGGUCUCAAGUGAUGAACGACAACCUCCCAACAUGUGACAGGGCCAUGGACCUUGUGGAAAAUGAUUUGGAAAUGCUCAAUAUAUUCAGUUUCCCCAGUGCUUAGCUUUUCAAACUCGUAACCUGCAAACAAGGUAUCCGUUUGCGAUGUUGAUAUAGUGCAUUUCAAAUAAAAACUGCUCAUUUUUGUGAGUUUCUCAGCUUCUGCCUUCACUCCCGUCACUAUUUCAGUGGCGACAGAAGGGGAAGGUGUUCAGCUUAAAUGGCUUUCUGUAUUAGACAUUAGUGUGGAGAUGAUGUGGAUAGAAUUGUAUGUACAAUGUUGUGUACCAGACAAUACUGUAAAAUAAUAAAUUUAUUUACCUUUAAAA